GCCGCUUCUCACGCCCGAAAAAAAGUAGACGAAGAAGAAGGCUAGCUCGUCAUAUCACCAAAAAGCCACAUUUGUGGGAAAACAUGGCUUCCCCUGUCGGCUGUGAGCAUUAUGUGCGCAGCUGCUUAUUAAAAGCUCCGUGCUGUGGUAAGCUGUAUGUGUGCCGGCUGUGCCACGAUGCCGAGGAGAACCACCAGAUGGAUCGGUUCAAAGUCUCAGAGGUGCAGUGCUCUGAGUGUCAGACCGUGCAGCAGGCGCAGCAGACCUGCCAGCAGUGUCAGGUGAACUUCGGGGAGUAUUACUGUGACAUCUGCCACCUGUUCGACAAGGACAAGAAGCAGUACCACUGUCAGCCCUGUGGAAUAUGCAGGAUCGGACCCAGAGAGAAAUACUUCCACUGUGAGAAAUGCAAUCUGUGUUUAGCUCAGGAUCUGCGGGGAAACCAUAAGUGUGUUGAAAAUGUCUCCAGGCAGAACUGCCCCGUGUGUAUGGAGGAUAUUCACACGUCCAGGAUUGGAGCUCACGUUCUUCCAUGCGGCCAUCUUUUACACAAAACCUGCUUCGAUGACAUGGUCAGAACCGGAGCGUACCGCUGCCCACUGUGUAUGCACUCUGCCUGGAGCAUGGAGGAUCACUGGGAGCAGAUGGACAAGGAGAUCUCUCUGUCCCCGAUGCCCCCCGAGUACCAGGGCGCUACUGUCAAAAUUUUAUGUAACGACUGCCAGACUCACUGCACGGUGCCGUUCCACGUGUUGGGGAUGAAGUGCACCGGCUGCGGAUCCUACAACACGGCGCAGGACGGGGGUCUCAUCCAGCAGCAGCAGGGGGGGGAGCAGCAGCAGCAGGAGGAAGAGCAGCAGCAGGAGGAAGAGCAGCAGGAGGAAGAGCAGCAGGAGGAAGAGCAGCAGCAGGAGGAAGAGCAGGAGGAUCAGGAGGACAUUGAGGCAGAAACAGACACAGAGCCGGAGCAGCCUCCCACUCGACACUAACUCUGCAGCAUCACACUGAAGGACAUUUACCCUUUAGACUCACAGAUUGUAAAAAAAACUCAUCUUUUGCUGAACCUGCAGGGCGGGAAUGUAUCCCACUUAAAAACAUGCUGGUGUUUCCGGCUCAUACCUUUAAAUUAAAACGUGCUGCUGUCAACAUGAAAUCUAAGCGCUGCUUUAACUUAAAAACACUUCAAAUGUUGCUGAUUGACCACCAGCCACCAAUUGUGCAAGUUCUCCUAUUUAAAAAGAUGAGAGGCCUGUAAUUUUGAUCAUAGGUAUACCUCAACUAUGAGAGACAGAAUGAGAAAAAGAAAUCCAGGAAAUCACAUUGUAGGAUUUUUAAUGAAUUAAUUGUAAAUUCCUCGGUAAAAUAAGUAUUUGGUCACCUACAAACAAGCAAGAUGCUCUGGCUCUCACAGACCUGUAACCUCUUCUUUAAGAGGCUCCUCUGUCCUCCACUCGUUACCUGUAUUAAUGGCACCUUUUUGAACUCGUUAUCAGUAUAAAAGACACCUGUCCACAACCUCAAACAGUCAUACUCCAAACUCCACUAUGGCCAAGACCAAAGAGCUGUCAAAGGAGACCAGAGACAGUCUGAAGUUUGCUAGAGGGCAUUUGGAUGAUCCAGAAGAGGAUUGGGAGAAUGUCAUAUGGUCAGAUGAAACCAAAAUAGAACUUUUUGGUAAAAACUCAACUCGUCGUGUUUGGAGGAGAAAGAAUGCAGAGUUGCAUCCAAAGAACACCAUACCUACUGUGAAGCAUGCGAGUGGAGACAUCAUGCUUUGGGGCUGUUUUUCUGCAAAGGGACCAGGACGACUGAUCCUUGUAAAGGAAAGAAUGAAUGGGGCCAUGUAUCGUGAGAUUUUGAGUGAAAACCUCCUUCCAUCAGCAAGGGCACUGAAGAUGAAGCGUGGCUGGGUCUUUCAGCAUGACCAUGAUCCCAAACACACCGCCAGGGCAACGAAGGAGUGGCUUCGUAAGAAGCAUUUCAAGGUCCUGGAGUGGCCUAGCCAGUCUCCAGAUCUCAACCCCAUAGAAAAUCUUUGGAGGGAGUUGAAAGUCUGUGUUGCCCAGCGACAGCCCCAAAACAUCACUGCUUUAGAGGAGAUCUGCAUGGAGGAAUGGGCCAAAAUACCAGCAACAGUGUGUGGAAACCUUGUGAAGACUUACAGAAAACGUUUGACCUCUGUCAUUGCCAACAAAGGGUAUAUAACAAAGUAUUGAGAUGAACUUUUGUUAUUGACCAAAUACUUAUUUUCCACAAUAAUUUGAAAAUAAAUUCUUUAAAAAUCCUACAAUGUGAUUUCCUGGAUUUUCUUUCUCAUUCUGUCUCUCAUAGUUGAGGUAUACCUAUGAUAACAAUUACAGGCCUCUCUCAUCUUUUUAAAUGGGAGAACUUGCACAAUUGGUGGCUGACUAAAUACUUUUUUGCGAGGGGUUAGUUACUCGUGGUGCGUUCACUGUCGGAGUAUUGUCUGCUGAUAUCUCUGAUGUUUGGAACUUGGGUUGUGUGAGGUACUUAUCAUUCGUCCACAAAGGGAAAUAGUGCCGAGGACAAAGACAAAAGCAAAGUUUAUUUUAUCCGCAUGAAAGAGAUAAAAUCAGUUUGAUCGUACGUCAAAUUAGAAUGACUAAGCUUUACUAAGGCCUCAGACUUCAUUGAAAAGGACAGAAAUCUUCCAGAUAAAAACGGAUUACUGACCGGGGACUUUCAGCCUGCUGCUCGUUCUCUAAUGUCUUGUUGCGUUGCAGAUGAGCUCUAAGUUAUGCUUCUUCUUCUUAAUUAAUAAUUAACUUGUUAACACCCAAUAAAAUGCUGUUUUACUAAG